AUGUUUUCGCUUGACGAAGCGGAACAAGCUUGCGACUGGUGUCGCCGGAAAAAACUCAAAUGCUCCAGAGAACACCCCAUAUGCUCAAAUUGUUUCAAACAUAACUGGGACUGCCACUAUUCACCCAAAAAGGUCCGAUCCCCGCUCACAAGAGCUCACUUGACAGAAGUUGAAAACCGACUCCAUCAACUAGAGCGACUAUUUGGAACUCUGUUCCCUGGCUAUGACUGGAAAGACACGUCGAAAGACCCAAGCCUAUCCAAGCUGCGGCAUAUGCUGAAAAACCAGAAAGACCAGUACGAAAGAACGCUUCCUAUAACUACCGACAAUUUACACGCACCCUCCAAUGUUCCCUCUCACCCCUCGCAACGACCCCCACUUGACCAAUUGCCCAGAGAUCCACUGUUUGGUUUUGAAUGGUCGGAAGAGGAGGACUCGCAAUUUCUGCAAAACGAUGGAAUGGGAGUAUUGAACGUGAACAUCAACAACAAGGGGUAUUUCGGAGUUGGCUCCAACUCCGUAUUGCUCAGAGCGCUUUAUGUCGUAGAUUCUCUUUUCACCAUUCAACGCGUUCCGUCGAGCAGUGAAGACUUGUCCAUACUUUCUUCAAAGCAAAUAAUGGACGAAUACGUGGAAGCUUAUUUUGGGCAGUUUCAUGCAGCUUUCCCCAUUGUUGAUGAAUCGUACUUUCGUUUGUGUUACGCUAAGAAAAUCAUUCCAACAUCAGAGAAAGCUUGGCAAACCCUCCUAUAUGCGGUCUUGGCGUUGGGAUCUUGGUCCGUGGUCGGAGAAGAUUCAAAUAUCGACAUUGAGUACUACAAAAGUGCAAAGUACCAUCUAUGCAGCAGCGUAUUUGAGACAGGUUCUCAUUCGCUGCUUGCAUCAUUAGUGUUACUGUCAAAUUAUACGCAGAAGCGCAAUAAACCCAACACCAGUUGGAACUACCUGGGGCUUGCGGCAAGUAUGGCGAUUUCACUGGGUUUGCAUCGCGAGAUGAGGGACUCGGCCCGCACUGACAACUCCGGUCUUGAAAUAAGGCGCCGAAUGUGGUGGGUGCUUUAUGGCUACGACUGCAGUAUGGCUAUGACUUUUGGACGACCAGGACAGCUGCCUAAAUUACCGGAUGUGGAUAUAUUGUUACCGUCCAAUUUAGACAAAAAUGGCGUUGAAGUCGACAGUCCCACCGAAUUUUCAUUUAUCAUCGAAACAGCGAAGCUCACAAAGAAUGCGCAUAAAAUAAUUAGCAGCAGCACCGGUCCUUACGCUAAUCUUGCAGAAACUCUAAAAUGUCACCAAAAGCUGGAUGAUCUCGCCAAUAAAUUACCUGACUAUUUCAGUACAGGUUUUGCUCGAUGGCACCAAAAGCUUGGCGCUGAUAAUAAGUGGUUUCCUUUGAAUAGGUUCCGCUUGCGUUGGAUGUACUAUAACUUGACAAUUACAAUCUUUAGGCCUUUGUUUCUCGGGAUUCUGAAUGGAGAAAAAGUCCGCGUUGACAAUCACGACUUUACAAAGUGCUUAAAUUUAUGCCAUGAAGCGGCUGGUAGCACAAUCGAGUCCGUAUCUGAGUUUGUUAGCCACUACAAACUCACAACACUUUCAGCCUGGUAUGCAACAUUUUUCCUCGUGAGUGCAACCAUCAUCCCCGCAGUGGGACUCGUUACAGAACCUGGUUCUUCGCAGGCAGCUCGCUGGAAACUAAGGGUCACCACUGCACGCAACACCUUUGAUGUUUUGAAGGAAAAAAAUGCCACUGCUGAAAAAUUCAUUCAUGUCAUCGAUAGCGUCUGCGGAUAUCUUCUGGAUACAUCCGAAGCCUUAUCAUCAACUCCGAAGUCCUUCUCAUCUAUUUUACACACUGAAAAGCGGCCAGGUGUCGCAGGAACAAGCUCGCAGCAACCAACCAAAGACAAGUCUAUGACAAGCAUCUCAGAUUUGGCUAAUAUUCUUUCUCCUAGAGACUUCACGAUUCCAACCGACACUGUCCGCUCCGGUAGCUCUGAAACGCCAGAUAUAGCUGUACAGCCAGAAAACCAAGACGAGGAUCCCUUCGCGUGGAGGAGUUCAUCGGCGCAACCUUUGAAGCAGGAUGCCACGGUGUUUCCCAACUGGAACGACCAAAGUGUUCAAACAUUGUUCAACCCAGGGACAAGCAAUAUGUUCAACACAACGACGAUGGACGAUAUUUUCAACUAUGUUUUUAAUGACAAUGAGUUAGCUCCAUCAAUUUCAAACAGCUCGAAUCAAUCCUGA